AUGACUUUGGGCUUCAGGCAAAGACGAGAGCGGGCAGCGUGGACGAUACCGCGCAGUGGCCUCGGACCUCACCCUCUCUCCGGACCUCACCCUCUCCCCGGACCUCACCCUCUCUCCGGACCUCACCCUCUCCCCGGACCUCACCCUCUCCCCGGACCUCACCCUCUCUCCGGACCUCACCCUCUCCCCGGACCUCACCCUCUCCCUGGACCUCACCCUCUCUCCGGACCUCACCCUCUCUCCGGACCUCACCCUCUCCCCGGACCUCACCCUCUCCCCGGACCUCACCCUCUCCCCGGACCUCACCCUCUCCCCGGACCUCACCCUCUCUACGGACUUCACCCUCUCCCCGGACCUCACCCUCUCCCCGGACCUCACCCUCUCCCCGGACCUUACCCUCUCUACGGACUUCACCCCUGUCCCCGGACCUCACCCUCUCCCCGGACCUCACCCUCUCUCCGGAACUCACCCUCUCCCCGGACCUCACCCUCUCCCCGGACCUCAUCCUCUCCCUGGACCUCACCCUCUCUACGGACCUCACCCUCUCCCCGGACCUCACCCUCUCUCCGGAACUCACCCUUUCCCCGGACCUCAUCCUCUCCCCGGACCUCACCCUCUCGACCUCACCCUCUCCCCGGACCUCACCCUCUCCCCGGACCUCACCCUCUCCCUGGACCUCACCCUCUCUACGGACUUCACCCUCUCCCCGGACCUCAUCCCCUCCCCCGGACCUCACCCUCUCGACCUCACCCUCUCCCCGGACCUCAUCCUCUCCCCCGACCUCACCCUCUCCCUGGACCUCACCCUCUCCCCCCGGACCUCACCCUGUCCCCGGACCUCACCCUCUCCCCGGACCUCACCCUCUCUCCGGACCUCACCCUCUCCCCGGACCUCACCCUCUCCCCGGACCUCACCCUCUCCCCGGACCUCACCCUCUCCCUGGACCUCACCCUCUCUCCGGACCUCACCCUCUCUCCGGACCUCACCCUCUCCCCGGACCUCACCCUCUCCCCGGACCUCACCCUCUCCCCGGACCUCACCCUCUCCCCGGACCUCACCCUCUCUACGGACUUCACCCUCUCCCCGGACCUCACCCUCUCCCCGGACCUCACCCUCUCCCCGGACCUCACCCUCUCUACGGACUUCACCCUCUCCCCGGACCUCACCCUCUCCCCGGACCUCACCCUCUCUCCGGAACUCACCCUCUCCCCGGACCUCACCCUCUCCCCCGACCUCACCCUCUCCCUGGACCUCACCCUCUCUACGGACCUCACCCUCUCCCCGGACCUCACCCUCUCUCCGGAACUCACCCUUUCCCCGGACCUCAUCCUCUCCCCGGACCUCACCCUCUCGACCUCACCCUCUCCCCGGACCUCACCCUCUCCCUGGACCUCACCCUCUCUACGGACUUCACCCUCUCCCCGGACCUCAUCCCCUCCCCGGACCUCACCCUCUCAACCUCACCCUCUCCCCGGACCUCAUCCUCUCCCCGGACCUCACCCUCUCCCUGGACCUCACCCUCUCCCCGGACCUCACCCUGUCCCCGGACCUCACCCUCUCCCCGGACCUCACCCUCUCUCCGGACCUCACGCUCUCCCUGGACCUCACCCUCUCUACGGACUUCACCCUCUCCUCCGGACCUCACCCUCUCCCCGGACCUCACCCUCUCUCCGGACCUCACCCUCUCCCCGGACCUCACCCUCUCCCCGGACCUCACCCUCUCUCCGGACCUCACCCUCUCCCCGGACCUCACCCUCUCCCCGGACCUCACCCUCUCUCCGGACCUCACCCUCUCCCCGGACCUCACCCUCUCUCCGGACCUCACCCUCUCCCUGGACCUCACCCUCUCUCCGGACCUCACCCUCUCGACCUCACCCUCUCCCCGGACCUCAUCCUCUCCCCGGACCUCACCCUCUCCCUGGACCUCACCCUCUCCCCGGACCUCACCCUCUCCCCGGAUCUCAUCCUCUCCCCGGACCUCACCCUCUCGACCUCACCCUCUCCCCGGACCUCACCUUCUCUCCGGACCUCACCCUCUCCCUGGACCUCACCCUCUCUACGGACUUCACCCUCUCCUCCGGACCUCACCCUCUCCCCGGACCUCACCCUCUCCUCGGACCUCACCCUCUCCCCGGACCUCACCUUUCCCCGGACCUCACCCUCUCCCCGGACCUCACCCUCUCCUCGGACCUCACCCUCUCUCCGGACCUCACCCUCUCCCCGGACCUCACCCUCUCUCCGGACCUCACCCUCUCCCCGGACCCCACCCUGUCCCCGGACCUCACCCUGUCCCCCGACCUCACCCUGUCCCGGACCUCACCCUCUCCCCGGACCUCACCCUCUCGACCUCACCCUCUCCCCGGACCUCACCCUCUCCCCGGACCUCACCGUCUCCCUGGACUUCACCCUUUCCCCGGACCUCAUCCUCUCCCCGGACCUCAUCCCCUCCCCGGACCUCACCCUCUCGACCUCACCCUCUCCCUGGACCUCACCCUCUCCUCGGACCUCACCCUCUCUCCGGACUUCACCCUCUCCCCGGACCUCACCCUCUCCCCGGACCUCACCCUCUCCCCGGACCUCACCCUCUCCCCGGACCUCACCCUCUCUCCGGAACUCACCCUCUCCCCGGACCUCACCCUCUCCCCGGACCUCACCCUCUCCCUGGACCUCACCCUCUCUACGGACCUCACCCUCUCCCCGGACCUCACCCUCUCUCCGGAACUCACCCUUGCCCCGGACCUCAUCCUCUCCCCGGACCUCACCCUCUCGACCUCACCCUCUCCCCGGACCUCACCCUCUCCCUGGACCUCACCCUCUCUACGGACCUCACCCUCUCCCCGGACCUCACCCUCUCUCCGGAACUCACCCUCUCCCUGGACCUCACCCUCUCCCCGGACCUCACCCUCUCCCUGGACCUCACCCUCUCUACGGACCUCACCCUCUCCCCGGACCUCACCCUCUCUCCGGAACUCACCCUUUCCCCGAACCCCAUCCUCUCCCCGGACCUCACCCUCUCGACCUCACCCUCUCCCCGGACCUCACCCUCUCCCCGGACCUCACCCUCUCCCUGGACCUCACCCUCUCUACGGACUUCACCCUCUCCCCGGACCUCAUCCCCUCCCCGGACCUCACCCUCUCGACCUCACCCUCUCCCCGGACCUCACCCUCUCUCCGGACCUCACCCUCUCCCCGGACCUCACCUUCUCCCCGGACCUCACCCUCUCCUCGGACCUCACCCUCUCUCCGGACCUCACCCUGUCCCCGGACCUCACCCUCUCUCCGGACCUCACCCUGUCCCCGGACCUCACCCUCUCUCCGGACCUCACCCUCUCCCUGGACCUCACCCUCUCCCUGGACCGCACCCCCUCUCGACCUCACCCUCUCCCUGGACCUCACCCUCUCGACCUCACCCUCUCCCUGGACCUCACCCUCUCGACCUCACCCUCUCUCCGGACCUCACCCUCUCGACCUCACCCUCUCCCUGGACCUCACCCUCUCGACCUCACCCUCUCUCCGGACCUCACCCUCUCGACCUCACCCUCUCCCUGGACCUCACCCUCUCCCUGGACCUCACCCUCUUCCUGGACCUUUAACACAAAGAGAGACCUCUAUUCAGCUGUGAAUGAUGAGGAGUUGGACCGCAUUGUAAGUGAAGUCCACAGAAGACAUCCAAACGACGGCUACAAGUUAAUGCGUGGUCAUUUGAAUGCAAGAGUCUCAAGACUGCAAGAGUCUUUACGCAGAGUCGAUGCAGAGGGAGUUCACCUGAGACGUCUAAGGUUGCGCGUAUUAAGACGACGGCAGUAUUCUGUUCCUGGCCCAAACUCUUUGUGGCAUAUAGAUGGGCACCAUAAGCUAAUCAGGUGGAGAUUUGUUGUCCAUGGUGGGGUGGAUGGAUUCAGUCGUUUAGUGGUCUACCUGACUGUGGCUGGCAAUAAUAGAGCUUGCACAGUCUUACAAAGUUUUAUCGCUGCUGUUGAGCAGUAUGGGCUACCUUCAAGGGUACGGUCUGAUAAAGGGGGAGAGAAUGCAGAUGUGGCAGAAUUCAUGAUCAGGAGCAGAGAACUGAAAGGAAUCAAUCACCACAGCAACUCUGGAGAAGAUACAGAGAGCAAGGCCCUAUGGAGGAUCCUAUUGAGGUUUAUGAAGGCUAUGGGAUUGACUGGAACGGACCUCACGCUCUUCAUGGAGGCACCGUGUCAGUCCCGGAGAUUGAACUGGCUCGUGAACUCUCAGAUGAAGAAGUAG